CAGCCCAUGAGCGCCACGUAAACGUCAAAGCCGAAGCUUGGGUAUAAAAGCCAACUUCCACUGACCUGGGGCACCCGCAGUGUCCGCUCCUUCAGAUCUGUGCAAGACGAGGAUCGCCGUACACCGACAAACAUGAAAGCCGUGCUCGCGCUCGCUGUUCUGUGCAUGGCAGCUGCCGUCUCCUAUGCUGGCUACGGCUAUGGCCUUGGACACUACGGUGGCUAUGGUGGCUACGGCGGAUAUGGCGGCUAUGGUGGUUAUGGCGGCUACGGAGGAUAUGGUGGAUACGGUCACGGAUAUGGAGGUUAUGGCGGUUACGGCCGUGGCUACGGAGGAUAUGGUGGUUACGGAGGUUACGGCCAUGGAUACGGCGGCUACGGUCACGGUCACGGAGGCUAUGGUCACGGAUACGGAUUCAAGAAGAUAAUCUACGGCCAUGGAUAUGGUCAUGGCGGUUACGGUCACGGAGGACACGGAGGUUACGGCCAUGGCUAUUACGGAUAAGAACCGGUGGCUUGCGUCGUGAGUGAACAGUCUUAAUAAAAAAAAUCAUCUCUUCCUCCUCCCCU